AUGAAACCCGCCAUGGUGCAAAUUACCAGCGGGCAACCCGAAGAGAAGAUUUUCAAGAAUGCUAGAGAUGGUUUUGCCGAGUAUUUUCAGAAGUACGAUGCACUCUUGUGCCCCGUGAUUCCAUUACCCUCGCAUGGGCACGCGGUAGAAGAGCUUACAAUUGACGGGCAGACCGUCAGUAACUUUAAUAUUUGUUCUACCACCACGCCUUUUACUGUAACAGGGCUUCCAGGACUGUCAAUCCCAUUCGGAGCAAGUCACGAGGGCAUGCCAAUUGGUGUCCAGCUUGUAAGUACCUGGUACGCCGAGUCUACAGUCUUGUAUCUUGCAUCAGUCCUUGAAAAGGUUAGCCCUGUUAGAGGGUUCCACCCGAGUAUAUAA